CAACUUCUGACUCCUCCUGUCUCUCCAGUUCCUGGUUAUGCUCUAUGGUUUGAGUCAAUAACAGUCGGUUCAUACGCGGGUGUGCUCGUUUAAGCAGUUAAGCACACUGUGACGUAAAACCUUGCGGACCAAAAUUGGACUUAAAUAAAAAUAGUAUCUUAUUCCGUGGGACUCUGAAAACAAAUCGAUGCGUGGAGAGUAAUUAGUUCAGUGUGAAGAAAUUUUAGAGCUAAAAAGUUCUGUCCAAAAUAAUUUAAUUUGGCCGGAGUAAAUUCGUAGUUAUGAAUGGACUUCAAUGGGGAAAUUUGCUUUUUGGCACCAGAGGCUUACUAAACUGCAAUACCUCGAGUAACUACUAGAGUUUAUGAGCUUCAGAGAAUGGCAACCCUGGUCUCCUGUUCCGAACCAUAGAACGUAUAGUGAUACGAACGCCUGAGUUAAUGAUCCUUUGAGAUAUCGCGAGAAUAUAGGAGGAAGACAAAAAUAAAUUCUGAACAACAAUCCAGAGUGCAUGAUGGCGGCAUCGCAGCUGCGCCGGGACAAGAAAUCCACAGCUGCCCAUUUGAAGGCCGACCUCAAUCGCCAAGACAACAGUUCUGGUGUCCGUCAACUUCAAGACCUGUUGGAUAGUGUUUUGAACCCAGAAAAGCCAGCGGGAGACACCGAGGCCCUAGACUGGUGUAAAUACCUCCUAGCUGGAGGGCAAGGGUUCGAGGAGUUCUGUAAAACAGUCCGGUCCUAUGACAACGCUACGUUGUGUGGUUUGGUGUGGACGGCCAAUUUCGUCGCGUAUCGUUGUCGGACCUGCGGUAUUUCCCCGUGUAUGUCACUUUGUGCCGAAUGCUUUAACAACGGCGACCACACGGGUCAUGAUUUCAACAUGUUCAGGAGCCAGGCUGGCGGGGCCUGCGACUGUGGGGACAGUAAUGUCAUGCGUGAAAGUGGAUUUUGCCGAAGGCAUCAAUUAAAAACUGGAGAGAAUGUACCGUCCAUCCCCCAAGACCUGCUGUUGAUGUCAGAGUUUGUUCUUCCUCGUUUCAUUAUCUGUAUCAUUCAGUACUUACGGGAUGGGUACACUGAACCAGACUCCUCCACAGACAGAGAUCUUCAGAAGGUCCUGCAGCAGCUUGCUCCCCAGAUCUCCUUCCUGGAAGAGUUAACAAAGAUGGGUGGGGCAAUGCGAACUGUCCUGACUAAGAUCUUAACCAAUCAGCAGACAUUUCAAGACUUGAGUAUGGGACAAGAAAAGAAUGUGUAUGCUAAGAAGAACUACGACAAGUAUCUCUCUGCAUUGCGAAGCUCUGGCCUGGUCUCGGCAGAGGAGACAGCUGUGUCUGGGGCAGGGCCUGGGGCAGCAGAGCUUGCUGCAGCAGGGACUGGAGCAGGGGCCCUCAGCUUACUGGGAAUUGCGGCAGCUGCCAGCCCUGAUGAGUCCGCUAAAGAGGAAGAACAGGAUGGGGGCCAAAAUGUUGGAAAGAGAAAAAGAGUGAAGUUAAGCAGCAACACCAAAGAUCCAACCAUAAUGGAUACUCUGAAACAUAAAUGCUUUUUGGAGGAGUUGCUGUUUUGGACCAUAAAGUAUGAGUUUCCACAGAAGAUGGUUACAUUUUUACUGAACAUGUUGCCAGAUCAAGACUAUAAGAUUGCCUUCACCAAAACAUUUGUUCAACAUUAUGCAUUCAUCAUGAAAACGCUGAUGAAAAGCAAUGAAUCAGACACUAUGUCCAACCGCAUAGUACAUAUCAGCGUGCAGCUGUUCAGCAAUGAGGAGCUGGCGCGCCACAUGACAGAGGAGUGCCAACUGCUGGACAUUAUGGUCACAGUCCUCCUCUACAUGAUGGAGAGUUGCCUUAUCAAAAGUGAACUUCAAGAUGAAGAGAAUAGCCGCCAUGUGGUGGUAAACUGUGCAGAGGCUCUACUGAAAAACAACACAUACUGGCCUUUAGUUAGCGAUUUUAUAAAUAUUCUCUCACACCAAAGUGUAGCAAAGAAGUUCUUGGAGGACCACUCCUUGCUCAUGCUGUGGAUGAGCUUUGUGUCCUUCUUCCAAGGUAUGAACUUGAACAAGAGGGAGCUGAAUGAACAUGUGGAGUUCGAGUCCCAGACUUACUAUGCAGCUUUUGCAGCAGAGCUGGAGGCCUGUGCCCAGCCCAUGUGGGGGCUCAUAACCCACUGCAAAGUCAAAGAAACACAGGAGUACACAAAAACGGUAGUGCAGUAUUGUCUGGAGGCUUUGCAACUGUGGUUUGAUUCAAUUGGCUUUGUGGAUGAGCCAACUCCCAAUCAAGUGACAUUUCAUCUGCCUCUCCACCGCUACUAUGCCAUGUUCCUGAGCAAGGCGGUGAAAUGCCAAGGGCUGGACUUGGAUAGUCUCCUUCCGGAUCACGAAAUGCUCAUGAAGAUCAUGGUCCACCCUCUUCAGAUUCAGGCAAGCCUGUCGGAGAUCCACAGCAACAUGUGGGUCAGGAAUGGCCUGCAGAUAAAAGGUCAGGCUAUGACCUAUGUGCAGUCUCACUUCUGCAACUCCAUGAUCGAUCCUGACAUCUUCCUGCUUCAGGUUUGUGCGUCCAGGCUGGAUCCAGACUACUUCAUUUCCUCUGUAUUUGAAAGGUUCAAGGUGGUGGACUUAUUAACCAUGGCAUCUGAGCAUCAAAAUGCAGUGCUGGAUUCUGAACAAGAGAAACCAAUGCUAGAGGGGGCCUUGACUUUUCUUGUUACAUUGUCAAGUCUUCGCAUACAUUUAGGAAUGACUGAUGAUGAAAUUCUCAGGGCAGAGAUGGUUUCCCAGCUGUGUAUGAACGACCGCACCCACAGCUCACUGCUGGAUCUCAUAUCCUUCACUGCCUUUAACAUUAACAUUCCUGAGAACCCGAACCCCAAGAGUGGGAUAAUGCCAGGCAACUGCAGUUUUGAAGACAUGCUGUCGGCUGUUGGAGAUUUCAAGGCCCCUGUAUUUGAACCUGGGGGCUCCAUGCAACAGGGCAUGUACACACCUAAAGCUGAAGUCUGGGAGAAGGAAUUUGAUCCCAUCAUGGUAAUUCUUAGGACAGUGUACCGGCGGGAUGUCCAGUCAGCGAUGGACAGAUACUCAGCAUUUUUGAAACAGUCUGGGAUCCAUUCAGGAAAUCCAUGGCCACCCUACAAAGAAAGGACCGCUCUGCACCCUUGCUACAGAGGCCUUGUCAAACUACUGCACUGCAAGACAUUGCAUAUUGUUAUCUUCACCCUCCUUUACAAGAUUUCAAUGGACCAUCAGAACAUGUCAGAGCAUGUGCUCUGCAUGGUGCUGUACCUGAUCGAGCUGGGUCUGGACAACCCAAUACAGGAGGAGAGGCAAGACGAGGAACCUUGUAUCGAAGAGCGCUGUCAUGACAGUUGGUUCCCUGGGACCAGCCUACUGUCCAACCUGCAUCACAUCAUCAACUUUGUGAGAGUGAGGGUGCCUGAGACUGCCCCAGAGGUGAAGAAGGAGCCCCCUCCCAGCACCAGUGUUGACUCCUCCAACCUCAGACAGAGUUCCAGACGCCUGACUGGGAAUUGGAGAGAGAAUCUGCGGGAGGCACAGGUGUUCAGCCUCGUUGCAGAGCGCCGGAGGAAGUUUCAGGAGAUCAUCAACCGAAGUAGUGGGGAGGCCAGCCAGGCAACGCGGCCCAAGUCCUCUGCUUCCCGCUGGGCCCCUCCUGGGACACCACUUCAGCUGGUCACUGAGAUUCUGGAAGUGCGGGAGAGCAUGCUGUCCCUGCUCAUUAAGCUGCAUCACAAGCUCUCCAACAAGCAGAACUCUCUCUCGCCAGAAUGGCUGGACAGCACCGACAUCUCUCACUGUGUCCACGGGGAUGGUGUCACUGCCAUUGAGCGCAUCCUCAUCAAGGCCUCUGCCUGCAGCCGCCAGAGCAAGCGCAGCAUUCAGGAGAUCUGCAUGAAGAUUUCCCCGCCUGUGCCACCAAAGAAGAGCAAUCCCACAGAUAAGAAGGCCUUGGACAAAGAGGAAAGACGGCAGAAGGCCAGAGAAAGACAGCAGAAGCUAUUAGCUGAAUUUGCCUCCAGGCAAAAGAGUUUUAUGGAAACUGCCAUGGAUGUGGAGUCACCCGACACUGAUAUGGCCAUGGAUCUGGGUGCCUCAGAGGUGCUGGAGUCAGAAGUGCUCUACGACUGUGUGAUAUGUGGCCAGAGCGGACCCUCAACUGAUGAGCGCCCCACAGGCCUUGUUGUUCUGCUCCAGGCUACUUCAGUAUUGGGGCACAGAUGCAAGAAUAACCAGGCCAAGAAGCUGCCAACCAGUGACGAGGACCACAUCUAUCCGGCAGACACAUGUGGGGCAGCCCAUGAUGUCAGGCUUGCCCUCCUGCAGCGCUUCUUCAAGGACAGCUCCUGCCUGCAGUCAGUAUCUAUUGGGUGGGAUGGAGGAGUAUAUGUUCAAACCUGUGGCCAUACACUGCACAUAGACUGCCACAAGUCUUACAUGGAGUCUCUGCGGAAUGAUCAGGUGCUCCAGGGUUUCUCAGUGGACAAGGGGGAAUUCACCUGCCCCUUGUGUAGGCAGUUCGCCAACAGUGUGCUGCCCUGUCACCCCGGUCAUGGGACAGAGACUGGCACUUGGCAUGCCCACAGCACCAAGAAUAUGGCAGUACUGGUCAAGGAAGUGGAGGACCUGCAGGACCAGCCGGGGGCCUUUCCAACUGAAUCCAACCUGAGCAAAGAGAUGGAGUCCGUGAUCAAGGACAUAAAAAACACUACCCAAAAGAAGUACAUGGACUAUGGCAAGAACCCAGGCUCACCUGACAAUGACUUUCUCUUCAUGUACUCUGUGGCCAGGACAAACCUGGAGUUGGAGCUGGUGCACCGUGGAGGAGAUCUGUGCUGUGGAGGAGCUAGUGCCACUGCCAAGCGUUCUUGUCUCAAUCAGCUCUUUCAUGUGCUAGCCAUGCACAUGCGUCUGUACAGCAUCGACUCUGCUUACAACCCCUGGACCAGGCUUACGCAGAUCGCCCCAAGCAGAGGCUCAGAGGCCUGCAGUGAUGAGAGGCUGGAGGUUCCCAUGCUGUUCAGAGACGUCUCCUCUCUGCUGAUUAUCUUCGUUCUGACCAUGCCUCAGCCACUACGCAAAGAACACUUCACCUGUUUGGUGAAGGUGCUGUACACCCUACAGUACAUCCAGGCCAUUGCUGUACUCUCAAUCAAGUUGAGCCCGGAGGAGAGAGAGGCCUGGAAAACCUCUAGAGCACUCGACAAGAAUACCUGGAAUGGUGAGAAGACUUGGGAGGCCAUUCUGAGCUUCGUUAUCAGUAAAUUGUCCAAGGGAAGGAGUGUUUAUGAGGCAGAUACUGAGGAGAUGUCAGUGCUGAGCUCCAGUGUCUGGUCCCAACAGUCCAUUGAGUACAACCUACAGCAGUUCUGCCUGCCCUUCCUGCGCCUUUGUAGUCUCCUACAACACCACCUAUAUGGAGACGACCUACCAGGCUGUCCGAGAGAAAAGGAAUUUUCAGUCCUGGCUAGUGGUUUGGGACUAUUGUCAUCAACCCUUGAGCCAUCCAGCAAGUGGAACAGUGCCCAUUGUCUGGAGUGGGUGGUGUGCCCUUUUGAGCUGACCUCUCUGUGGUGUGCUGAGGUCACAGGCUUAACAGAGAUGCAAGCAGAGCAAACACUGGCCCUUCUUGUCCAGGAUCCUCAUUGGGCUGGCCCCCACCUCCUCCAGCUACCUGAAAACUACAAUGCCAUCUUUCAGUACUACCACAGGAAGUCCUGCACAGCUUGCAGCAAAGUUCCCAAGGAUCCAGCCGUUUGUCUCGUCUGUGGAACCUUUGUCUGCCUCAAGGGCCUAUGCUGUAAGCAGCAUAGUUACUGUGAAUGUGUUUUGCACUCCCAGAACUGUGGGGCAGCAACAGGGAUCUUCCUCCUGAUCAACGCCUCUGUCAUCAUCAUUAUCCGAGGCCACCGCUUUUGUUUGUGGGGCUCAGUUUACCUGGAUGCCCAUGGAGAAGAGGACCGAGACCUUCGUCGCGGCAAGCCUCUGUUCCUUUGUGAGGAAAGGUACCGAGUUCUGGAACAGCAGUGGGUGUCCCACACUUUUGACCACAUCAACAAACGCUGGGGGCCCCACUACAAUGGACUGUAACAUAUCGUUCUGCGUACAAAUAGCCUUGCCAGCACGUGUCAGCUCCUAUGGAAUACUUUGGUAACGUGUUGUGCAAAAUAAACAGACACACACCAGAGGGCACGUUGCCAGUGUGGCAUGUGAAAUUUGGUGUACAAUCAUGCCUGAGGACUAACAGUGUAUCCUAUGUCUAUAUAAUCAAGUGUAUAUUUCAAAAGAGAAGAGACAAAGCAUUAGAAACUGAAAACACUUCUGAAAGCACAACUCCAACAAUUUGCUUAAAAGGUAUUUUUGAUAAGGAGGACUUUCAUUACACAGUGAAAACAUUGGAUCAGCAGCUAUGAAUUUUUCUGGUGACCAACUUUCUCCAAAUUGUGUUAAUCAGCUGAGUAAAACCUUGAAGAGCAUGGGCAAGAGUAUGUACCAGAAGAUGGUACUAAAAUAAUAAAAAAAAUAGGCCCUUUCAUUAAAUAUACUCAUUUUUUGUCUCCAUAUACUGUAAAUUCACAUACAUCAUCCACAGUGGCAAUCUUGUGCCCUUCCCAAAAAAAAUUUCUGUAGAUUUAAGGCUGUACCUGUGAGUUGUCUUUCAGAAGUGUGUUUGUAGGCAGGUAAUGGUAGGCAAUAUAGUUCCCACUCAUGAGUACAGAAUCUAUUGCAAGUCAGCAAAAAACAAAACCACUCUAAGGUCUAGUUGCAGUUCAUCCUCAGGAAUAUUUCAUUUUUUAUUGUAGAUUAAAAUAAAAAGGUUAUUUACAUACAUGCUGCUUUUCAUUGGAAAACAAUAAAUCAAUAUAACAAAAAACAUUUUGUUGAUGGUACUUGGUUAACUGUGAUCAUUUUUGCUUGACAUAGAACAAGUGAUUGCAGUCCUGCUUUUUGUAAAGCUAUGUGGGGGGGCAGUGCACAACCAAACUACUUUCAGACUCAGUCCACCAGCUGGGGUAGAGGGCUAGACUGUGUGUUGAGGUUAUGAACAGACACUGUUCAAGCUGACUGCAUCUCCACACCCAGUCAGUUUUCACCCUCUCUACUCCUGUGGAAUAAGAUGCUUACUUGUUAUUCUAAUGUGUUUAAAUUUUAAUAAAACAAAAAAAUAUAACAAUAA